AUGUAUUAUAUUACUGACCGACAAGAGUCUACAACAAAUAAGGCUCUUACUAUUGUCAAGGCUGCUAGGAUAAUGUAUCUCAAAAACAGCAUUUCUCCUUUAAAUAUCCUCUUAGUCAGGUUUUAUUCUCAAGAUGAUGACACCCCAGACCCAACUUUAGCUACUUUUUCCCCUAAAGACAUACUUCUAAUUAUUAUGCAUCACAUCGUUCAACUUUUUAUUGAUCCAAGUGAUUUGUCUGUGUUUUCUCUUUUAAUAAACAUGACUGCUAUUGUGCUUAAACCUCCAUGA